AUGGGCGCAAGUAUUUCCAUGGUGACUGCUUCCCACGUUCCAGCCUUAAACGAACAAGAUGAUCACUAUCACCACGACCACGACCAAUACUCCAUUCUCGAUCGUUCUUUUCCUCCUUCUUCUUUUGAUUCACAAAGCCAAAAAGAACCUCUAGAAUCGAAUUUCUUCACUCUGACUACCUCCACACGACGAUUGAAUAAUGGUCGCCGCCAUACUCUACCACAUCCUCCCCAAUCGACUCGAAUGUUUCAAAUGUCGUCCACACUUCUUUCUUCAGCUCAUGAGAGAUUUUCUCACAAUGACGACUCACGGCUCGAACCUUACAUACAGACACACCACCUGGACACAUUUGAUUCAAAUACUGAACGUUCUGAAGAUGAAUACGAAAAUCAAGAUCAAAACCAGAAGGUUUCCUUUUCCUCCAUUAAAAAGAUGUUAUCGAAAGAGGUCGUUGAACGAUGUGGUCUUGGUUCUAUACCUUCCACUGAUCCAAAGAUCCACACACAUGCGACCUUAACAUCCACUCGAAGGAAUUCCUCAUCACAGUAUUGCGCUCGACCUUUAACAUCGAAAAAAACAAUCGAUUCUUCAUCUUCUUUCAAAAAGUGUGCGAGCUAUGAAUAUAAAAUUCUGGUCACACAAAGCGAUGGCGAAGAUGAAGAAAACACUCCACUCACACGAAGAAGAAUUUCUAUCGAAGAGGAACGAAAGGAACUUAAAAAGAAGAUUCAUCUCAAGAAAACCACGUUGCAUUUUGUGAACAGUUUUAGAAACGAGUAA